AUGUCUGAUAAAAUUGAGUCCGUUUUAUUUUCAUACCAAAAAAAUGUUUCCAAUCGUCAAUAUGAAGAUAAAACUAUCAUUCGGAAGACCGAAUAUGUAAAUGUUGCCUGUGAUAGAUGUCGAAAAAGUCAUUCCAAGUGCUCAGGAGAGCCAAAAUGUGCAAAAUGCAUGAAGCAAAACCUUUCGUGUGUCUUUAAUAAGUUUCCAAACAAGCGUGGACCAAAGCGUAAAAAGCGUAAAUUACCUUUUGGUAAUACUGAUCUUGAAAGUAGCAAUCCUAUGCACAGUAAAGUAAUAAUCCAAAGAAACAUAAUUAUGGAGAUUCUUAUUCAAGCACUCGAAACUAUGGAGGUUCUUAUUAAAGAACUCGAUGACCGAAAAUACGUUUUAAUGAUAAAAUUUGCGAAUCUGUUCAACAUGUUGGUGGAAGCUGGUUUAUAUAAUUUAGAAAGCCCCCCAUCAACUGAAAACGAAGAAGGGGCCGCGUUGCCCUUAUAUGCAGUUAUGGAUAAUUUCAUCAAUAAGAUAAAUGGGAUUAUUACUAAAUUGUAG